AUGGCUGAUUAUAAGAGCUUUCGCAUAUACUCAAAUAUACCAGAUCAUCAGUUUUCACUUCAAUGUCAAUACCACGUCGUUCAUGAUAGUACAAAACACUUUGAAAACUUGUACAUCGCACCAAAAUCUGCAGCUAGCGGCAUUGAUAGCAUCCCAGCUGAUGCGAACGGAGUAUGGAUCUCCAGUGGCGAUUCCUCAUCCCAGGCUCACAAGCUGAGCUCAGAAAAAGCGACAGCGGCUCUUAGCGCAUUUCUUUACCAGGCCUCGACCGACCAAGAGCCCGGCGUCGUCGUUCUUCAGAUUCCAAAGGAAAAUGGUUACGUUGCCCAUGCGGACCCGUGGACGUUACGGCUUGCUGAUUGUGCUCUCGUCUCGUCUGUCCAGAGCUUUCUUUCACCACUUGCACAAGUGAAGGCCUAUUCUGGAUCGGUGACCAACCCUGAGGAGAUUGCAGCAGCAUUGGAUGCCAGUGUUGGGGGCAUAGCCUCCCACCUUUCACUUCGUGGUGAAUCCAUCGAGCAGCUCGAGUUCGAAUUGAAAAGGCGACUGAACUUCUCGUGGUUGUCUUCGAAGCCAAUACAACCACGCCGUGUCGGCGUCGUGGUACAGAGUAAAGUCAGCAUCACGGCAACAAAGUCCAGGUGGGACACUGCCGCUGCUCUAGGCAUUAAAGUCGUUAUUCUGAGCUCCGGCUCUUGGUGGAGAGAGAAUAAAGAACCCGACACACAUUUGAGAGAGGGCACAAUCGACGUCGACUUAUCAUCAGACUCUGGUCGUCCGCAAAGAAUUGUCGACGCCAUUAAGUCAUACCCGCAACCUUUCGAUGGCAUCUGCGCAUGGUCGGAUGGACUCCUGGUUGAUGUGGCAGAAGCCGCUGUUCAGUUGCGCCUCUGGACGAGUGGGCCCAAACCAUAUUCCAUAUCGACAAAUAAAUACCUCACACAUCAGCUACUCGACCCAAAAUCGCAAGAGUACUUUGGUAUUAAGUCCCUGGAAGAACUGGAGGAUCGUCUACAGUCUAGCAACCCCAUUAAAUUUCCCGUUGUUUGUAAACCCUUCAGCGGAAGAGCAAGCGAGGGUGUCUACAGGGCAGACGACGCCGACCAGCUGCGCCACGCUGUUUCUCGGACAUUGGCUUCUAAGAAUGGCCUGGAUGUUCUGAUUGAGCCGUAUAUAGACGGUCCAGAGGUAGACUGCCACCUGAUUCUUCUGCAAGGUCGACUCUUGCAUGCAGAGGUUUUGGACGAUUUCCCCAGCGACGCUGACGUUGCGGAAGACGUCAAGGACAAGCUUUUUGCUGAGACGCAAGAGGCCGUGCCGACACAGCUUCCUAAAGACGAGCAGAUAGCCAUAACUGAAACUGUACUCAAAGUCGUUCGCCUGCAAGGCUUUGAUACAGGAAUCUUCAACUGCGAGGCAAGGGUGCGCAACUCGUCCAUGGAAUAUGUGCUCGCCGAGGGUGGUACUAUACCGGAUUUGGAAGUGACCAAGCAUCCAAGAAAGGAUGGCGAACCAAUCUUAGUGUCUAUCCAUGAAGUAAACGCUAGGACACCUGGCAUAGCGAGCUCAGCUUCUUCCAGAAUUGCCAUCGGCAUUGACUACUGGGCUCUGCAGAUCCUGUGUGCAGCCAGCGACUGGUCAAGAUACGAGGCUCUUGCAACUCCGUUCUCUCACGGGGACCGAAGCGAUCAUGUGUGGCUCACUAACGCCAUGGUCCCCGUCACUCACAAGGGGAUCAAACCAUUGCUCUCAGAUUACCCGGUGGAGACAUGGGACCAUCAAAUGAUAGACUUUUGUUAUAGCCCGCUCUUAGAACUCUCUAAGGAAUAUGGCAACCUGACAAAGUAUGUAAUGCGACAUAACGCCAACAUCAAGGAAGGCGAGCGAUAUGGGUAUAAAGAGGGAGACUGGGUGUGGGCUGGAUGUAUGGUAAUACGCUCACCCAUCAGUCGACAGCAUGCGCGUCAACUGGCAGAGACUCUGCAAGAGAUUUACAAUGAUUUCGUGAAACAAAAGUAUUAUAUAGCAUAG